AUUCGCUUGUGAGCAGCCGUCAGUGUCGCGUGUGCCAGCAACGGGAUAAAAUAGAAAUAGUUACCUAAAAUAUCUAGCAGUGCAUAAAUGCAAAUAUAAACUGAACUAACUGUGCUAAUUCAACCAGAAAUAACUGUUAACUUAAACGGUGUGAACACGCUAAUUGAACGCAGUGCAGAUCCAAUUAAAAUCGAGUGAAACCAAAUUAGAUCCCGAGAGAUUUUCAGCAAGUGCAACGGUAACAACGUAUAAUGGCACCAACAAUCACUGACAAUUGCGAAUUUGAAUGUGCAACUGUUGAGGCAACAACAACAUCAGCGAUUACCAUCGGUGAUUCCGAUAAUUUCGAUAGUUCGGCCAUUGGUGGCAGCGGCGAUAACUUCGAAGAAUCGAAUGAACUGCAUUUGAACGGACAGCAGGAUCAGGAUGUUCAGGAGGAGCAGCAGCAGCAAAUGCCAUGGGAGGCACCUGGAAAACAGGGACUCUACGAUCCCCAGAACGAGCACGAGGCCUGCGGAGUCGGUUUUAUCGUGGCCAUCGAUGGCAAACGCUCUCACAAGAUUCUACGUGAUGCCCAGACCCUCUCAGAACGGAUGAAUCACCGCGGCGCCUGCGCCUGCGACAAUGACACCGGCGAUGGCGCUGGCGUCUUGGCUUCCAUUCCUCACGGACUCUACUCGAAGGCUCUUGCCAAGCAGGGUGUAACCUUGCCGGAGUUGGGUGACUAUGCCACGGGCAUUUUCUACCUGGAUGAGGCUCAGCAUGCAGCUGCCGAGAAGGAGUUCGAUGAUCUGGCCAAGAGUCUUGGAUUGGAGGUGAUUGCCUGGCGCACUGUGCCGUCCAAUCAGUCGGCCAUUGGCGUGGUGGCCCGCAAGUCGGAACCCCUGUCCCGUCAGGUGUUUGUGCGUCGUCCAGCCGGAAGCGAUGAGAAGGCCUUCGAACGGCAGGUUUUCGUCCUUAGGAAGAGGGCCAGCCAUGAGUUGAUCAAGCCGGGGCGACGGUUCUACAUCUGCUCCCUGUCCGAUCGCACAGUGGUCUACAAGGGUCUCUUCACUUCCGACCAGCUGUGGGAUUACUACACUGACCUGAAGGAUCCAGAGUUCGAAACCUAUUUGGCAUUGGUCCAUACUCGUUUCUCCACCAACACCUUUCCCAGUUGGGAAAGGGCUCAUCCUCUGCGAGUCCUGGCCCACAAUGGUGAGAUCAACACGCUUCGGGGAAAUGUGAACCUCAUGAAGGCCCGCGAGGGUGUCAUGCAGUCGGAUCUGUUUGGGGAUCAGCUGAAGAAACUGUACCCAGUGGUGGAGCCGAAUCUCUCCGAUUCCGGCAGCUUCGAUUGCGUGCUGGAGUUCCUCACCAUGGCCAGCGACAGGUCGUUGCCGGAAUCGGUGAUGACCAUGGUGCCGGAGGCAUGGCAGAAUGACAAGACUAUGCCGCAGGAGAAGCGUGACUUCUACCAGUGGGCCGCCUGUGUCAUGGAACCCUGGGACGGUCCGGCUCUUAUUAGCUUCACCGAUGGUCGCUACAUUGGCGCCGUUUUGGAUCGUAAUGGACUGCGUCCAUCGCGUUUCUAUGUGACCAAGGAGAACGUGCUGGUCAUGGCUUCUGAGGUGGGUGUGUACGAUGUGGAUCCAUCGCAGGUGACCCUGAAGAGCCGCUUGAAGCCUGGAAGGAUGUUGCUGGUGGACACCAAGGAGAAGAAGCUCAUCCAGGACAUCGAGCUGAAGGCCAAGAUAGCCAAGUCUAGGCCUCAUUCCGAGUGGCUGCAGCAGAAGAUUACCUUGGAUGAGAUUCGCAACGCCAAUGUGUUGAAUACUCCUCCUGUUGAUGAGCUGGCCAAGUUGCCCGCCUCCGAGAGGGGCAUCUUCGAUCCCAGGCUCUCUCUUUUCGGUUAUUCCACGGAAACGGUCAAUAUGCUGCUCAUUCCCAUGUUUAAGAACAAAAAGGAAGCCCUUGGCUCCAUGGGUAAUGAUGCCCCGCUGGCAUGCCUCUCCAACUUCCAGCCCAUACCGUAUGAGUACUUUAAGCAGCUCUUCGCCCAGGUAACCAAUCCGCCUAUCGAUCCAUUCCGCGAGAAGGUGGUCAUGUCGAUGCAGUGUCCUCUCGGUCCGGAGGCGAAUCUUCUGCAGCCAUCGGCUCAGCAGGUGCAUCGCAUUUGGCUCACCAAUCCCAUACUGAGCAUUCCAGAUACCCAGCUGCUCAAGCGGAAUACGCACCGCGGCUGGCGGACCAAAGUCUUGGACAUAACAUUCCAGUAUAACGAAGGCGUUCAGGGUUAUAUCGAUGCCAUCGAUCGUAUCUGCCGCGAAGGAUAUGCUGCAGCUCAAGCUGGCUAUCAGUUGUUGGUGAUCUCCGAUCGUGGAGCGGGAAUCGAUGGUAAGGUGGCAGUCUCAGCCCUUUUGGCCCUCGGCGCCUUGCAUCAUCAUCUGAUUGAGACACUGCAGCGCAUGAAGGUGGGCAUUGUGGUGGAAACUGCUGAGGCCCGCGAAGUUCACCAUAUUUGCGUACUCCUUGGCUACGGAGCGGAUGCCAUUUGUCCAUAUCUGGCUUUUGAACUGGCCCAGGCUCUGCGUGAUGAUGGAGUAAUUGCGCCUGAGGUUAACGACAAGCAGAUCUAUGCCGCUUAUGCCCAAGCUAUUGAUACGGGAAUCGCAAAAGUAAUGGCCAAAAUGGGCAUCAGCACUUUGCAAUCGUACAAGAGCGCCCAGAUCUUCGAGGCUGUGGGAUUGGGUUCCGACCUGGUGGCCAAGUGCUUCCGCGGCACACAAAGUCGCAUCGGUGGAGUUACCCUGGAGAUACUGGCUAAGGAGGGCCUUCAACGCUAUCAACUAACCUAUGGCAAAGCAACGCCGGACACACGCAUCCUGCGGAAUCCUGGCCAGUACCACUGGCGUCACGGUGGCGAAGCUCACAUUAACGAGCCAUCCUCCAUUGGCAGCCUGCAGGAAGCGGCCGUAAAUAAGAAUCUGGAUGCAUUUGAAGCUUUUAAGAAAACCACUCUGGAUAGUGUGAAGAAGUGUGCUCUUCGCGGACAGCUGGAGUUUGUUACAGAUCGGCAAAGUAUAGAUAUCUCCGAGGUGGAGCCCGCCAGCGAGAUUGUCAAGCGCUUUGCCACUGGUGCCAUGAGCUUUGGCAGCAUCUCACUGGAGGCUCAUCAAACACUUUCGAUCACCAUGAAUCGCAUUGGCGGCAAGAGCAACACUGGUGAAGGUGGCGAGGACUCAGAUCGUUAUUUAAACCAAGAUCCAAACAACAGUCGUCGCUCAGCCAUCAAGCAGGUGGCUUCGGGACGUUUCGGCGUGACCGCAUCUUACCUGGCUAAUGCCGAUGAUCUGCAGAUCAAAAUGGCUCAGGGCGCCAAGCCUGGUGAGGGUGGCGAGCUGCCAGGCUACAAGGUGACCAAGGAUAUUGCCAAGACCCGAAAGUCCGUACCCGGAGUGGGCCUAAUCUCACCUCCUCCUCAUCACGAUAUCUACUCGAUCGAGGAUCUGGCUGAGCUGAUCUAUGAUCUUAAAUGCUCCAAUCCAAAUGCACGCAUCAGUGUAAAGCUGGUGUCCGAAGUGGGCGUUGGUGUCGUCGCUUCCGGUGUUGCCAAGGGCAAAGCCGAGCACAUUGUAAUCUCUGGACAUGAUGGUGGUACCGGUGCUAGCUCCUGGACAGGCAUUAAGAAUGCCGGAUUACCCUGGGAGCUGGGUGUGGCCGAGACGCAUCAGGUGCUGGUGCUAAAUAAUCUACGAUCACGGUAAGUUUCCGACCAGGAGAAGCCGGCACAGAGCCAUUCCCGCUCUCUCCUCUUGUUGUUACUAAUCAUGAACCGAUACAUUACUGAAAGUGCCUGGUUAUCCAGAUGACAGCGUUGGAAAACCUGUUCAGAACAUGUAUUCCCAAAAGCAGAGAUCCAUUGAUCAUCGGAAAGUUGGGCUGAUCCCCCUACACAACCCCAUUGAAACUCCUCGUACAUGUGGCCAGUGGGCGGUGGGCAGGAGGACGAUGACACGGCGCUUGGGGAAGGCGAAUCUUGUCCAGCGGAAGAGCGCUCAAUGAGAAUUUCAAAUUCUUUGAAAUCUGACAAAUGAAAGAUGUCUCGAUUGCGAACCCAUGGACAUGAUCCAGUGUGAGGAAACGGAUACAGUGAAAGAUCGAUCCAUUCAAAAUGAAGAAGUAGCGCAUUCUUUGGACAGAGACCUUUGAAGUAAUGAGUAUCACUCAACUGAUCUCCAGAUCCUAGCUACAGAAACCCGCUUCCAAACAGCUGUAAAACACGAUUCGAUCGAUCCAGUCCAAAUCCAAACUCCAGUCCACUCGCUCUACUCCACUCCACUCACUCGCUCACUCGAUCACGUUCGUCGCGCUGUGCUCCAUUCGUAAUUUCUUCUCAUUACAUUGAUUCUUACCCGGGGCUGAAUUUGCUAACAUUGCCUUCCUUUUUAUGUCGUGUCUUCCCACUAUAAACGGUCUGGAUCUGGAUUUUGUUUGGAUGAACCUUCCGCAGUGUGAUUGUUCAGGCUGAUGGACAGCUCCGCACAGGAUUCGAUGUGGUUGUGGCUGCACUGCUGGGUGCUGAUGAGUUUGGUUUCAGUACUGCUCCAUUGAUCGUCAUGGGCUGCACUAUGAUGCGCAAGUGUCACUUGAACACCUGUCCCGUGGGCAUUGCCACCCAGGAUCCGGAGCUGCGCAAGAAGUUCACGGGUAAACCAGAGCAUGUUAUCAACUUCUUCUUCAUGCUGGCCGAGGAUAUUCGCAAAAUUAUGGCUGGAUUGGGCAUUCGAAAGUUCCAGGAUCUGAUUGGUCGCACCGAUUUAUUGCGCGUGGCCAGUCAACGCGAUGCCAAGGCUAGUAACCUGGACCUCAAGUUGCUCCUGCAGCCAGCUUUGGAACUGCGUCCCGGCACGAACAUCGUUGGAGGUUCCGUAAAGCAGGACUUCCAGCUGGAGAAGCGUUCCGACAACGAACUAAUUGCCAAGGCUCAGCAAAUAUUCAGUGGAGCAGACGAUAAUGUAACCGUCAAGAUGCGCAUCCACAAUGAGGAGCGAGCCUUUGGUUCUACUCUGAGCUAUCAUAUUGCAUGCAAAUAUGGAGAGGCUGGCUUGCCCGCUGGCAAGAGCAUCGACAUCUUCCUGGAGGGUUCCGCUGGUCAGAGCUUCUGCGCGUUCCUGGCGCGGGGUGUUAAUGUGACAUUGAAGGGCGAUGCCAACGAUUAUGUGGGCAAGGGUCUUUGCGGUGGUAAUGUUGUCAUCAUGCCACAAGAUACGGUUCCCUUCGAAUCACAUCUCAAUGUUAUCGUGGGCAACGUUUGCUUGUAUGGAGCCACUGAGGGAACUGCCUAUUUCCGCGGUAUUGCCUCCGAACGCUUCUGCGUACGAAACUCUGGUGUAACCGCCGUUGUUGAAGGUGUGGGCGAUCACGGAUGUGAAUACAUGACUGGCGGUGUAGUGGUUAUCCUCGGUCUUACGGGACGAAACUUCGCCGCUGGCAUGUCCGGCGGUAUUGCUUAUGUGUACGAUUUAGAUGGUUCCUUUAAGCCCAAGGUAAACCCGGAAAGUGUGGAACUCCUGCCGUUGGAAAUUGAGAAGGAUGUGCUGCUCGUCAAGGAACUGUUGGCUGAUUUCAUUGAGAAGACAGGCUCGAAGGUGGCCAAGGAGUUGCUUGACAACUGGGCCGAAGCCCAGGGCAAGUUUGUCAAGGUCUUCCCGUAUGAAUACCAAAAGGCUCUAAAGGACAUGGCCGAACAACAAGCAGUGGAGCAGCCCCUGAAGUCCGCCAUCGAGAAUGGAAACGGAAAGCAUGAACCGCACAUCAAGGACAUUGAGGAAGCGAUUCAGGACGUGGUGCUCGAGCAGAAGCGUGCCGAUCGCGUCCUGGACAAGACCCGUGGCUUUGUAAAGUACAAGAGGGAAUCGGCUCCGUACCGAGAUGCUGGAGAGCGACAGAAGGAUUGGGAUGAAGUCUACAACUUCCCACAUGUGCGCAAGAACCUCAAGGUUCAAGCAGCUCGAUGCAUGGAAUGCGGUGUGCCCUUCUGUCAGUCCAACUCCACGGGCUGUCCGCUCGGUAACAUCAUUCCCAAGUGGAACGACCUCGUUUUCCACGGCGAGUGGCAGGAGGCUCUGCGUCAACUGCUGCAGACCAACAACUUCCCGGAGUUCACUGGUCGAGUAUGCCCCGCUCCCUGCGAGGGUUCCUGCGUUUUGGGCAUCUCCGAGCCAGCUGUAACGAUCAAGAACAUCGAAUGCGCCAUCAUCGAUCAUGCCUUCGAGCAGGGCUGGAUUAAGCCAGAGAUUCCGGAAGUGCGCACUGGCAAACGAGUUGCGAUUGUGGGAUCAGGACCUUCCGGCUUGGCCGCCUCGCAGCAGCUGAACCGCGCCGGUCACUUUGUCACCGUUUUUGAGCGCAACGAUCGCGUUGGUGGACUUUUGCAGUAUGGUAUUCCCACGAUGAAGCUUUCCAAGGAGGUGGUCAAGCGGCGGGUAGAUCUGAUGGCUGACGAGGGUAUCGAGUUCCGCACCAAUGUCCAUGUGGGCAAGGACCUCAAGGCCGAGCAACUGCUGCAGGAGUAUGAUGCCGUCCUCCUCACCACUGGCUCCACCUGGCCACGUGACUUGCCGCUCGCCAACCGUGACCUGAAGGGCAUUCACUUUGCCAUGGAAUUCCUGGAGGCGCAGCAGAAGAAGCAGCUGGGCGGAAAGAAUGAUAUAAUAUCUGCCGCUGGCAAGAAUGUGAUCAUCAUCGGCGGUGGCGAUACCGGAUGCGAUUGCAUUGCCACGUCGUUGCGUCAAGGCGCCAAGAGUAUCACUACAUUCGAGAUCCUUCCGGAACCGCCACAGAAGCGUGCUCAGGACAACCCCUGGCCUCAGUGGCCGAAGGUCUUCCGCGUGGACUACGGUCACGAGGAGGUGAAGCUGAAGUGGGGCAAAGAUCCGCGCCAGUACUGCACCACCACCAAGGAGUUCGUGGGCGAAAAUGGAGCCAUCAAGGGCGUGAACACCGUCGAGGUUGAGUGGACCAAGACGGAAACGGGCCAGUGGCGCAUGCAGGAGGUGGCCGGUUCGGAGAAGUACUUCCCCGCAGACCUUAUUCUCCUGGCCAUGGGCUUCCUGGGUCCGGAGAAGACGGUGCCGAGCGAACUGGGCCUGGAGCUGGACCCGCGCGGCAACAUCAAGGCAUCCAACGGACAGUAUGGCACCUCGAACUCCAAGGUCUUUGCGGCAGGAGAUUGCCGGCGUGGCCAGUCGCUGGUCGUCUGGGCCAUUACCGAGGGUCGCCAGGCCGCACGACAGGUCGAUUCCUAUCUGACCGGCCGUCCCAGUGGGCUUCCAGGACCUGGUGGCGUCAUCGCGACAUCCUAAAGAGGAUCCACAGAGGCAGCCAGAGCAGCUAAUAUCAAGUUUUGUGUGCGUGCAUCGUCCUUAGCCUAUAGUGCGAAAUUCUUUAACGAUUUGUGAUUUUUAUUUUCGCGAUUUUAGUUUAGUUUACACUAAAAAGACUUGAGUUUUUUACACACCAAACCAAAACGAAACACGUUUCAUUUAGUUUUAUUUUGAUCGCAAAGCUGGCUGGGAAUUGUUAGUGGUUCGUCGAGAUGCCCUCCAUAUGAUGAUGAUGAUGAUGAUGAUGAUGCGGCAGGAGUCAAUUAAGAGUGCAAACUGAAAUUCUGAUUGAAGCCAAUCAAUAUGUAUAUCUUAACGGAAAUCGAAUAUCCAACAAAAAAUCUAAGGACAAUAACUAGAAACUUACCGUUAUCGUUAAAAUGAAAAUUAAUUGAACAUUAAAUAUUUAGAAAAUGCAUUUUUUCAAUGUUGUUUUAGCUUGAGUUGCCUAAUCUAUGCAAACGAAAUAUAUGAAGUGAAAAUUGAUAUGCUGAUCUCCACCAUCCUAUAUACAAUCCAUAAAUCGUAUAUACAGAAAGAGAAAUGUAUUAAACUCGGCCAAUAUCGAAACGCAUUUUUUAGAUGUUGUUUUUGUGUUUUGAACUGCAUUCGACCGUUGACCGCAAAUGUACCUAAGUGGCUAUUGUUAAAACAAAUCUGCUCUUUGGCAGUUGAAUGUGCGAAUACAAAGAAUUACACAAUUUAUACAAAACAUAUUUAACCCAAAUGUAUACCCUUAUACAGACAUCUCUAUAUAAAUAUAUUUAUGUGCAAGUAUUUGAUGAAAUAAAUAUUCAAAUUAUUAAAAAGCAUUUC